CGGAAUCUUUUUAGUGUAACACGUCACAUGAACACGGGUAGUUCAGGUAAAGAGAGAGUAGUCGAUCCGUAUACGCGAAAAAAAUGUUUUAAUUGAAUUUGUUGUAGAUAUAAAAUUUUUAAGAUAGAUGUACAGAAAGAAAAUGUCGGUUGGUGGGAAAAAGGGAAGCGCGAUCUUCGCUGGAUUUCGAGCACUCGGGCUGUACUCUAACCAUCUUCCACACGUGGUCCGUUUCCACAAGAAACACCGGGAGUUUUAUGUAGUGACAGCAGUGGGUCAGUGCUUCCACACGUACAAUGUGAAGAAACUUGGAAUUGUUGCUGUCAGUAACGCUCUUCCCGAAGACAUCGCCUGUCUCGCCGCUGACCGAAUGCUCGUGUAUGCCGCACACGGCAAAGUCAUUUCAGCUUUCGCAAAGAACACAGAGAUUGUUCACACUUACGAAGGUCACCAAGCCGACAUCCAUCUCCUGCUUCCGUUUGGAGACCACUUGAUAUCCGUGGACAAGGAAAAUGCUGUCAUCAUCUGGGACGUGGAGUCCGAAGACGAAUACUUGGAGAUUUCAUUCGAAAGAUCCACCUUUGAAGUUCGGGCUGUUAUGCACCCGAGCACCUACUUGAAUAAAAUCCUGUUUGGAAGCAGUCAGGGAAGCCUUCAGCUGUGGAACAUCAAGUCCAACAAACUACUGUUCAUGUUUCCUGGUUGGGGAUCGGCAGUGACUGUUCUACAGCAGACUCCAGCAGUGGACGUGGUCGGCGUGGGUUUGGCUUCCGGACAAAUCAUCAUCCACAACAUCAAAUUCAACGAAACUCUGAUGAAGUUUCAGCAGGAUUGGGGUCCAAUCACCGCUUUAUCCUUUAGAACAGAUGGGCAUUCUGUGAUGGCUGCCGGAAGCCCAGUUGGACACAUCGGAUUGUGGGAUUUGGAGGAGAGGAAGCUGAUCGGUCAGAUGAGAGACACACACGCCACGGCGAUCGCUGGCCUUACGUUCCUGCACGGUGAACCCCUGCUCCUCACUAACGGAGCGGAUAACGCCAUCCGGGUUUGGAUUUUUGACAGAGCGGGAGGCGAAGGACGUCUGCUCAGAUUUCGAAUGGGUCACAGUGCCCCUCCCACUAAGAUCAAACACUACGACCAGAGCGGACAGCACAUCCUCAGCGCCAGUCAAGACGGCUCACUGCAGUCCUUUUCUACAGUUCAUGAAAGGUUCAACAAGAGUCUGGGACAUGGGUCCUUUACGAAGAAGAAGGUUAAAAAGAAGGGGGUGAUGUAUGACACGGCGAAACUUCCACCCAUCGCCGCUUUCGCGUCAGAAACAGCACGCCAAGGUGACUGGGACGGCAUUCUAGCUUGCCACCAGGGUUUUAUCCUGACCACAACUUGGAAUUAUCGGAAAGGCUCUAUGGGGGCUCACAGACUGGAACCAAAGCGUUUCAAUAAGAACCGCGCCCUCAGCGUUCAUGCCACGGCUGUAGAUAUCACUUCUUGCGGAAACUUUGGCGUGAUCGCUCUGUCUUCGGGACACGUCGACGUCUAUAACAUGCAGUCGGGGCUCCACAGAGGACACUAUGGACAAGACAGAGCUCAUUCAGGGCCGGUCAGAGGGGUGUCGGUCGACGCGUUGAACCAGCUGAUGGUCAGUGCCGGAGCCGAUCGUCUGCUGAGGGUGUGGAAGUUUAAAUCGAAAGAGCUGUUAAACACACACCAACUGCAAGCGGCACCCGCGUCCACGCUCCUACACAGAGACAGUGGGAUGCUGGCGGUUGCUCUCGAUGACUUUACGAUCAGUAUCUUCGACAUGGAGAUGAAGCGGAUUGUACGUCACUUCUCUGGCCAGCGUGGGCAGAUUAAUGAUAUGACCUUCAGCACAGAUGGACGAUGGUUGAUAACAGCCUCCAUGGAUUGUACCAUCAGGACAUGGGACCUUCCGUCUGGCAGUUUGGUCGACUGUUUCCUGGUAGACACGGCAGCGGUGAGCGUCAGCUUCUCUCCUACGGGGGAUGUCCUCGCUUCCGCCCAUGUGGACAGCCUGGGUAUUUACCUGUGGUCCAACACCACCUUGUGUACUUUGGUGUCAUUGCGCCCUCUACCAUCGGACUAUGAACCUAUGGUGGUCCUGCUUCCCGGCACCUGCCCAAGCAAAGAUGACGACGUCGUCUUCGUGGAAGCAGAGAGCUCAGAAAUGGAUGAGUAUGUGUCUCCUGCGCAGCUGGAUGAACAGCUGGUUACUCUCUCUUUACUGCCAGAUUCACGCUGGAAGAAUCUUCUCAACCUGGACAUUAUUAAGAAAAGAAACAAGCCAAAAGAACCCCCUAAGGUGCCUAAAGCAGCCCCUUUUUUCAUCCCCACUGUUCCUGGACUCGUACCUCAGUUCGCGCUUCCUGAUACGUCAUCGGAGGAGCAGUCUAAGGUGUUCAAUAUUGGAGUUCUGGCCCAGAAGUCUAAUUUCUACAUCCAGCUGGAAGAAGCGUUAGACAGUAAUCUCUACGAACCAGCAGUAAGACACUUAAAAGAGUUGGGUCCUUCUGCGAUUGACACGGAGCUGCGAAGCUUGGCACCCGAUAUGGGUGGAAACGUUAGUGUUAUGCAGAGCUUCCUGAGGAUGAUCAGCAGCAUGCUGAGACUGAAGCGAGACUUUGACCUGGCACAGGCCUAUCUAGCGCUGUUCCUGAAGCUUCACCUGCGGUUAAUUGCAGAGCAGCCUGUCCUCAUGCAGGAAAUGGAAAAAGUGCUCGAGCUGUUAGAGGGAACAUGGAUUUCCGUACAGACGCUCCUCAACCAGAACAUGUGUCUCCUCUCGUACAUCAAGAGCGCGCUGCUGUAAAGACCUGCUUCCUUCACUGCCUUCGAGUCAAUUCUAUUAUUUUUUUUAUUGAUAAAAAUAUCGUUACUUGUUCAAUUGUUGUAUUACGUUCGCUAAAAUACAUUAUAUACAAAA